UUAAGUGUUAGCGUCUUUUUGUCUUCCUCUGUUUUUGGCGAUGGCUUUGACUCUUUGCCAAGUGGUAGUGUUUCCUCAACUAAAUCUGGUUUUCGUUUGACAAUUUUUCUGGUUGGUGUUGAUGUGGGCUGCGGCUUUUCAAAUGUCAUAACUUCAAUUGUUUUCAGUUUAGUUUCAGGCAAGACUUCGAGUGUUUCUGUGUCAUCUAUCAGCUCAUCUUUGUCAUCUUGUGUGUGUGUGAUAGCUAUGUGUCUACUGUGUGGCUUCUCUGCCUUGGGUGUUGGUUUUGGUGUUAUUUGGUCAUCAUCUGACUCUGCUUCUAGUUCUAUGGGGACUGAUCUUGGUGUUUCUACUGCCUGUUCUUCGGUUUCAGUUUGUGUAAUUAUUGUUUCAGUGAACUCUACUACUGGACUCUCAAAGAUCUGCUCCUCAGUGAAAUCUUCUGUGUGCCAAACUAUCUGUUUCUUUGUUUUUUGUCUUGGUUUAAGUGUGCUGAUAUCUUCCUCUGUUACUGGUGUAGGUUCUUUAAAACGUUGUGUUGGCUUGUCCUCAAUUGAAAGCGUUCCAUCGUCAACUGAUAUGAGUGUAAUGUGUUGUGUAUCUUUGUCUUGCUCUGCUGGUGAUUCAGAGUCUUUCAGAGAUGGUGUUAGUUUUUCCUCAUGUGGUGUUUGUGUAUGCUCUGGUCUCUGAGUGUCCCAUGUGGAUUCAUCAGAGGUAAAGGCUACAAAUGAUGUAAAUGUUUCUCUGAUUUCAGCUACCUGACCGAAUGUGGUUGUUUGUUCUAAGUAAGCAGACUGAGAAUCCUCCUCAGUGACACCUUCUACAUGUUCUUUGAGAGGUAACUGUCUUUUGGGUCUGUCUUUAAGUGUGGUUGUCUCUUUGUCCUCUGAUGUUGUUUCAUCCUGAAUUGUUAUUGGUGUACGUUUGUCUUCAAGUGGAAAAACUGUUAGUCUUUCUGUGCAGAGUGUUUCUGGCCUGUACAAUGUAGGUGUCUGUGUCUCAAAAACCUGUGCCUUUGUCUCUUCUAUGUGGGUUGUCACCUUUGCAUGUACAGCUAUGGGAGACUCAAAAUCAUGUUCAGUGACUUCCCCAUACUUAGUUACCCUCUUCUUUGUUUUGGGCUUCUGUUUCACGGUUUCCUCUUCCUGCUCUGAUUUUGGUGUUGACGCUAAAUGAUGUGUAUGUAAAGAGGGUUUCUCAAUAACAAAUAUUGAUGCUAAUUUUUCUUCUAAUGUGGAUAUUUCAUGUUGUGAUUCGACAGCAAAAUGUGUAAAUUGUGUUCCUUUUGUGUCUUCAAAGAGAUGGCUUGCCUUUGUGUCUCCUAGGACUGGUGUUAAUUUUGUGUCUCCUAGAGGUGAUGGUUUUGUGUCUCCUAGAGAAGGUGUUGGUUUUGUGUCUCCUAGAGAAGGUGUUGCUUUUGUGUCUCCUAGAGAAGGUGUUGGUUUUGUGUCUCCUAGAGAAGGUGUUGGUUUUGUGCCUCCUGGAGAAGGUGUUGGUUUUGUGUCUCCUGGAGAAGGUGUUGGUUUUGUGUCUCCUGGAGAAGGUGUUGGUUUUGUGUCUCCUGGAGAAGGUGUUGGUUUUGUGUCUCCUAGAGAAGGUGUUGGUUUUGUGUCUCCUGGAGAAGGUGUUGGUUUUGUGUCUCCUGGAGAAGGUGUUGGUUUUGUGUCUCCCAGAGCAGGUGUUGGUUUUGUGUCUCCUGGAGAAGGUGUUGGUUUUGUGUCUCCUGGAGAAGGUGUUGGUUUUGUGUCUCCUGGAGAAGGUGUUGGUUUUGUGUCUCCUGGAGAAGGUGUUGGUUUUGUGUCUCCUGGAGAAGAUGUUAGUUUUGUGUCUCCCAGAGCAGGUGUUGGUUUUGUGUCUCCCAGAGCAGGUGUUGGUUUUGUGUCUCCUGGAGAAGGUGUUGGUUUUGUGUCUCCUGGAGCAGGUGUUGGUUUUGUGUCUUCUAGAGAAGGUGUUGGUUUUGUGUCUCCUGGAGAAGGUGUUGGUUUUGUGUCUCCUGGAGAAGGUGUUGGUUUUGUGUCUUCUAGAGAAGGUGUUGGUUUUGUGUCUCCUGGAGAAGGUGUUGGUUUUGUGUCUUCUAGAGAAGGUGUUGGUUUUGUGUCUCUCGGAGAAGGUGUUGGUUUUGUGUCUUCUAGAGAAGGUGUUGGUUUUGUGUCUCCCGGAGAAGUUGUUGGUUUUGUGUCUCCUGGAGAAGGUGUUGGUUUUGUGUCUUCUAGAGCAGGUGUUGGUUUUGUGUCUUCUAGAGAAGGUGUUGGUUUUGUGUCUCCCGGAGAAGGUGUUGGUUUUGUGUCUCCUGGAGAAGGUGUUGGUUUUGUGUCUCCCGGAGAAGGUGUUGGUUUUGUGUCUCCUGGAGAAGGUGUUGGUUUUGUGUCUCCUAGAGAAGGUGUUGGUUUUGUGUCUCCUGGAGAAGGUGUUGGUUUUGUGUCUCCUGGAGAAGGUGUUGGUUUUGUGUCUCCUAGAGAAGGUGUUGGUUUUGUGUCUUCUAGAGAAGGUGUUGGUUUUGUGUCUCCUGGAGAAGGUGUUGGUUUUGUGUCUCCUGGAGAAGGUGUUGGUUUUGUGUCUCCCGGAGAAGGUGUUGGUUUUGUGUCUCCCGGAGAAGGUGUUGGUUUUGUGUCUCCCGGAGAAGGUGUUGGUUUUGUGUCUUCUAGAGCAGGUGUUGGUUUUGUGUCUUCUAGAGAAGGUGUUGGUUUUGUGUCUCCUAGAGCAGGUGUUGGUUUUGUGUCUCCUGGAGAAGGUGUUGGUUUUGUGUCUCCUGGAGCAGGUGUUGGUUUUGUGUCUCCUGGAGAAGGUGUUGGUUUUGUGUCUCCUGGAGAAGGUGUUGGUUUUGUGUCUCCUGGAGAAGGUGUUGAUUUUGUGUCUCCUGGAGAAGGUGUUGGUUUUGUGUCUCCUGAAGAAGGUGUUAGUUUUGUGUCUUCUAGAGAAGGUGUUGGUUUUGUGUCUCCUACACCAGGCAUUGCUUUUGUGUCUCCAAGAGCAGGUGUUGGUUUUGUGUCUCCUACACCAGGCACUGCUUUUGUGUCUCCAAGAGCAGGUGUUGGUUUUGUGUCUCCUACACUUGGUGUUGGUUUUGUGUCUCCAGGAGCAGGUGUUGGUUUUGUGUCUCCUAGGGCAGGUGUUGGUUUUGUGUCUCCUACACCUGGUGUUGGUUUUAUAUCUCCUGGAGCAGGUGUUGGUUUUGUGUCUCCAGGAGAAGGUGUUGGUUUUGUGUCUUCUAGAGCAGGUGUUGAUUUUGUGUCUUCUAGAGAAGGUGUUGGUUUUGUGUCUCCCGGAGCAGGUGUUGGUUUUGUAUCUCCUAGAGCAGGUGUUGGUUUUGUGUCUCCUGGAGCAGGUGUUGGUUUUGUAUCUCCUGGAGCAGGUGUUGGUUUUGUGUCUCCUGGAGCAGGUGUUGGUUUUGUGUCUCCAGGAGCAGGUGUUGGUUUUGUGUCUCCAGGAGCAGGUGUUGGUUUUGUGUCUCCAGGAGCAGGUGUUGGUUUUGUGUCUCCUGGAGCAGGUGUUGGUUUUGUGUCUCCUGGAGCAGGUGUUGGUUUUGUGUCUCCUAUAGCAGGUGUUGGUUUUGUAUCUCCUGGAG